CCUCUUCUUUUUUCCUCCAUCUCCCAUCAUCUCUCCCUGUUUUUCUCUCCAUCAGUCCCUUCUUUUUUCAGUUUAUCAUCAUGGAGAAUGGGUCCGUGAUCUUCUGGGAUGGGCAGGGCAGCUCACAGAAUACAAUCUGAAACUCUGAGACCUCUCACUUUACUGCAAAAAUACUACACAGUAUUGCCACCGACACUACUUUACUGUCUACUGUAAAAGUACUUCUUCAACUACUCCGGGUUCUGCUCAUUCUUCAAGAGGAACUGCAACAUCUACAGAAACGUCAUCUACUGUGGUAGUACCCAACUGCUACUACCACGACCACUAAGUAAACCACAGGAUUACAAUAGCCCACAAGCAACUCCUCUGCAACCAGAGACGCGCACCUGGCACCUCAGGCUGGACCAGAAACCAAAACCAAGCCAAAGCCAGAACCAGACCAGUAAGCCAGCCAGGCUCUGUAGACGGGACCAAACCAGGCCAAGACAGACCAGAAGAGACCAGUAGAAAUCAGGCCACUGGAAAAGUUUGAUGGGACUGCUGACAUUAGCCACAUGCCUCUGAGUCCGGCUGCUGACACCAAACAUGAUCGCCCGCGGCAACAGGCGGUUACUAACGGCAACCCGACAGGCUCUGCUGUUGCCAGGGACGACGACGCCGAUGACACACCCCCCGGAAACAACAUUGUUGUCCGCAUUGGCAUCCCGGACCUGCAGCAGACGAAGUGUUUGCGGUUGGACCCAGAGUUACCAGUUUGGACCAGUAAGCAGAGGGUUCUGGUGACGUUGACUCAGUCUCUGUCGGAUGUUUUGAACUAUGGUCUCUUCCAGCCGGCGUUCAACGGCCGAGCCGGAAAGUUUCUGGACGAGGAGCGACUGCUGAAGGAGUAUCCCCUCCCCCCCAUCACACCCAUCCCAUACCUGGAGUUUCGCUACAAGAGGAGAGUUUACACGCAGAGCUACGUGGACGAUAAACAGCUGGCCAAGUUGCACACCAAGGCCAAUCUGAAACGUUUCAUGGAACAUGUUCAUCAGAAGAACGUGGAGAAGGUUUCUAAAUGGCUGGAGAAAGGCCUGGACCCCAACUUCCAUGACUCUGAUAGCGGGGAGUGUCCCCUGACUCUGGCGGUACAGCUGGAGGAGAGCUGUGAGCUGAUUAAAGUUCUCCGCAGUGGAGGAGCUCACCUGGACUUCAGGACCAGAGAUGGUAUCACCGCUCUGCACCGGGCCGUCCUCUGCAGGAACAGCGCUGCUCUCACUACUCUGCUGGAUCUGGGGGCAUCUCCGGACUACAAGGACAGCAGAGGUCUCACUCCCCUCUAUCACUCUGUCAUGGUCGGUGGCGCCCCCUACUGCUGCGAGCUCCUGCUGCAAGACCACGCCACCAUUGGGAUGACUGACGAGAACGGGUGGCAGGAAAUCCACCAGGCAUGUCGCUAUGGUAAUGUGCAGCACUUGGAGCACCUGCUAUUCUAUGGGGCCGACAUGAGUUCCCAGAAUGCAUCGGGAAACACUGCACUGCACCUUUGUGCACUUUACAACCAGGACAGCUGUGCCAGAGUGCUGCUGUUCAGAGGAACCAACAAGGACAUCAAGAACUACAACCACCAAACUGCCUUUCAGGUGGCCAUCAUUGCUGGGAACUUUGACCUGGCAGAAAUCAUUAAGAUCCACAAAUCCUCUGAUGUCGUUCCCUUCAGAGAAACUCCCUCCUAUACCAAGCGCCGCCGAGUCGGCGUGACCAGGACACCGGCUGGAAAUGGCUUGUCGUCUCCUCGCUCUCUGAUUCGCUCAGCCAGCGACAACGCUCUGGAAAGCCCUGCCUCCUCUCCUGGCCCGUCCCUCCAAAGCCUGGAAACACACCACGACACACACACACACUCGCUGCGACGUCAAACACGCCGUCUCAGGUAUGCACGCACACACAAUGACUUUGCUGGUCCUCACAUAUUUGGCUUCAAGACGAUCUCUAAAGUUACAGUUGUGUGUCCACAGCCCGAGUGGUGGCGGUCACGUGGAGACCAGCCCCCCCCCUCCCCUCCCCUCACUCCACAGAUGAGGAAGAGGAGGCUGUACAGCGCCGUACCAGGACGCACCUUCAUCGCCACCCGGUCCCACGUCCCCCAGGGUCCCGGGGAGAUCCAGCUGCACCGGGGAGAGAGGGUCAAAGUGCUGUCUAUAGGAGAAGGAGGAUUCUGGGAAGGAAGUGUUAAAGGAAGAACUGGUUGGUUUCCGGCCGACUGUGUUGAAGAAGUCCAGAUGAGACAAUACGACCCGAGGCUGGAGACGAGGGAGGACCGCACCAAGAGGCUGUUCAGACAUUACACUGUAGGAUCCUAUGACAACUACACCUCCUACAGUGACUACGUGAUCGAGGAGAAAACGGCUGUGCUGCAGAAGAGAGAGAGCGAGGGAUUUGGCUUCGUCCUCAGAGGAGCUAAAGCUGAGACGCCCAUUGAGGAGUUUGCCCCGACCCCAGCGUUCCCCGCUCUGCAGUACCUGGAGUCAGUCGACCAGGGGGGCGUGGCCUGGAGGGCAGGGCUACGGACCGGAGACUUCCUCAUAGAGGUGAAUGGGACCGACGUGGUGAAGGUGGGUCACCGGCAGGUCGUUGCUCUGAUCCGACAGGGAGGAAGUCGACUGCUGAUGAAAGUUGUAUCCGUUUCCAGAAAAUCUGAAUCCAACCUGAUCAGGAAGAAAGCUCCGCCCCCUCCGAAACGAGCCCCCAGCACCUCGCUGACGCUCCGAUCCAAGUCGAUGACUGCUGACCUGGAGGAGAUAGCCAGGAGGAGACGCUUCGAGAAACUGGAUGAGAUGUUGGCCGGGGCUCAACAGGAAGUUGUUCUGAGGGCUCGGCCAUCAGACGACUUCAGAGCAGCGACAGUGAAACAAAGGCCGACCAGCCGACGCAUCACACAGGCUGAGAUCAAUUCCUUGUUUGAGCGCCAGGGUCUGGUCCCCCCCUCGACUCCAGAGAAGAGCACCAUGCCGUUACCCAGAGGGAUGUCCAGAACCAAGAGUUUUGGCACACCCGAGGACGACAGGAUCACAGCUCUAAUAAACGAGAGUCGGUUUCCACGGAGCUCCUCCCUGACAGACAGCUUCAUCCCUCCUCCUCCUCAGACAGCCCCACCCCCUCCUCCCUCCGCCUCAUCCACCUCCUCAAUAUUCCUCCUCGACUCCGGGCCUCCUCCCUCCUUUCUACCCCCUCCUCCCCCAUCUAGAGGGGAGGGGCUGACCCGAUCGAGCUUUAAGCCAGGAGCAGAACCAAGGCUGCAGGAGCUCUCGGAUUCGCCAUCGAGGAGCCACGCCCAUGCCGAGCGGCAGAGGAAGGCAAGGUCUAUGAUCAUCCUGCAGGACACGCCGCCACUGCAGCCCUUGCAGCCGGAUGCUCAUGCCGUCGCCACGCACACGCUUCACACCCCCACACACACCUCCACGCUAUCUCUCCACAGCACCAGCUCUGCCCUCGGACACUCACCGUUGUCACGACGCCGAGGACGACCAAUAGAAAACCCUUAUGCUAACGUAGGACAGCAGGCCCCGCCCACCAAACCGCAGAGGAGGAAGUCACCUUUGUUGAAACAACUUCCUGUUGAGGAGCAAGGACUUGGAAUCAAAGAUCACGAUUCUUCCAAAUCAGACGGAGGUGGAUCCAGCAACCUCAGCAGGGCGGAGCUGUACCAGCAGCAGGUUCUUUCAGAGCGCGCUCGGGUUCAGGGCCGCAGGUCAUCCCUCUUUCUGUCUGUUGAGGGGGCUGGGUCAGAAAACCAGCCUCCGCUCCUCUUGACUCAGAGCCAUUCGAUGGAUGACCUUGGCGAGCUUCCACCUCCUGCCCCAGUCUUAUCACCUUCACCGACACCUCACACCUUCCUCCACCCACUGACGGGGAAACCUCUAGAUCCCUCUUCUCCACUCGCCCUGGCUCUUGCUGCACGAGAACGAGCACUCACCGCCCGUACGCCAAGCCCUGAGCCUCGAAUUAAACACACAUCUGCUUCCACCACGCCAAUCCCUACCCCAGCCGCCAGUCCUGAGGGUAGACACAAGCGGACCCCUAUCGCUACCCCGCAGAGCAGCCCUGAGCCGAGGUCCAAGCGCACCACCCCACAGACAAGUCCUGAGCAGCGAACCAAGCGCACCACUCCUCAAACCAGCCCUGAACUGAGGCAUAAACGCAUAACCCCGCCCCUGUUUCCUGAUGGACAGGUGGAGCGUCCAGAAACAGAGGGGGGGGUGACAUCUCCAGCCGGCCCUUCCCCUGAGCGCUGGAGACCAUCACCCUUGCCUCCGCUGGCCAAUGAGAGUCACGCUGCUCUGAUCGACAGGCGCAGAAGCCUCACAGUUGGCAGCUCUGAGGAGGAGGGUGGGGCUUACACAGUGACACUCCCACCGGCAUUGUUGUCAUCCAGUGACGAGGAGACACGGGAGGAGCUCCGCAGAAUCGGCCUGGUGACUCCACCACCUGCCUUUGCGAGUCCUCCUGCCGCUCCUCCACCUUCAUCACUCGCCCUGUCGCCACGACGAGGUGGGGAGGGUGGGGUAGGAGAGAGUGGCCCUGACUCCCUGGGUAGACAAGCAGAGGAGGAGGAAGGAGGUGAUGAGCGGCUCCAUGACAAUUCCUCCCCUAGCUCCCUCCCUCCCUCCAUCACCUUGGCCUCCCCUCCUGCUCCAUCCUCUCCUUCCUCCCCACCUGCUGCUCACCCAUCUCCCUCAUCAGCCUCCACUUCCCCAUCAGGUCUCAAGCCUCGCCUUCGUUCGCCAAUUGGCCGGGGUCGCUCAUCACUUCGGGACCCAUUACUGAAGCAAUCAUCAGACAGCGAGCUCCUCCCCUCUGCUGCAUCCUCUUCCUCCCCCUCCUCCCCACUCUGUUCCUCUCCCCCCCCCCCCCCCCCCUCGGUUCCUCUCCCCCCAGUGGCGGUGGCCGCCAGCCACGUUACCUAUUCCAGAGGAGGUCUAAGCUGUGGGGGGGAGGGGAUGACCGCGGAGAGGAACGGCGAGGCCUCAGUCCAGAUGAAGGAGGCCGCCCGGCAGCGCUGGGAGCCGGUCUGCUUCAGCUGCGGCAGGGCGGGGUCCGGCCUGGAUCUGGCCAAUCGGCUACAGCUGCUCAACAAAGACAGUCAGACACUGGGGGAGGAGCCGAGCCCACUUGACCCAGGCCGGAGGUCACCGGUAGGAGGCGCCAGAUGUGUGGACAGUGGCGAGAGUAAAUCGUUGUUCUCCAGUCUAGGUGAACUCCACACCAUCUCCCAGCGAGGAUAUGGCCCCAGCUAUACAGUGCGACCAGGAAGCCGCUACCCCGUCACCCGCCGGAGUCCCUCCCCCUCUCCUUCCCCUUCUGAUAGGUCGGCAGGGCUUGCCUCCUCCCCUGCCCCCUGCUCCGAAAGGCCUGAUCUGAGCUCAGGUCGCGGUCUAACCAUCCUGAAGUCAUCCAGUCUCAGUCUCCCUUCAGAACCCAAGGAGGUUCGGUUUGUGAUGCGAAGCGCCAGCGCGCGAACCAGGUCACGUUCCCCUUCACCUUCACCCCACGCCUCUCCUUGUCCCUCCCCGGUCCUCAGCGGGCCCCUGUUAGCCCUUCGGCCAUGGAGGCAGCGGCCCCUCAACCUGUGGAAUAAAUACGACGUGGGUGACUGGCUGGAGAGCAUGGGCCUGGCCGAACACCGCCAGCGCUUCCAGGAGCAUGAGAUCGAAGGCUCUCAUCUCCCCGCCCUCACCAAGGAGGACUACGUGGAGUUGGGUGUCACCAGACUGGGACACCGAAUUAACAUCGAGAGAGCACUCAGACAACUGCUGGAUGGCUCAACUUGACCCCUGACCUCUAGACAUCCUGAACUGUGACCUCAUAAUCCCUGACCUCUGGUCAGACACUAGGCCAUUAUUUCAACUAGGAUAACUCAGCAGUCUUUAGACCUUUUACCAACACGAGUCCAGCUCAGUGACACUUUGGCUUAUCAGCCCUUUGAUCACAUCAGUCUUGUCAAGCACAAAGUCUGGCAGCAUCGAGCUCUGUGUCCACUGUUCAUUAGCUUCAGAGAAGUUUCAGACUUACAUUUCCAGCUUGUUGCCAAGUGCUCAACCAUAAAACCUCCCAACCUGUUAGUUCUGUUUUGUUGAAAAUAAAAAAACAACAGAUACAGUCAGUGUUACAUUAAAUGAUCAAAAUGUGAAUAUCGGUUGGUUGGUUGGUCUUUUUGGAACUUUUGGCUUAAUUCCAGGUUUUUCUGUCGACCAGCAAGUCAUUUAACUGACUAAUUAUACCAGCUCUGCUCACGGUCUCAGUCACUGACAGGUUUGAGGGGUUACACCUUAAAAACAGUUGCUAACAUUUUGCACAAGCUAAUGAGCUAAGCUAUUCAAAUACUGACAAUGUUAGCAAAAAAAAAAUUCACUGACAUUUUCAUGACAUAAAUGAGACUAAAUAAAAAGCUGUGAUGAAAUGCUUUACAUUUUUCAUCCUUAAAUAAAAACUAAGCAAAAUGUGAAAGGUGGGAAAAUGAACAAGAAGUAACUAGAAUCUUAAUUCAGUCUUAUUCAGUAAACAGCAGCACCUCUGGAAUCACAAAAUGAUGGAGACAGCAGUAACCAUAGUAACCGUACACAACAAAGAUGGAAACCAGUGUAACCCCAGUAACUGUAAUGCUAAAUGGUCUAAUACUUGUAUAGCACUGUUCUAUGCUUUACAGCACACUCAGAGCACUUUCACAUCACAAAGAUGGCAAUGAUCGUAACCAUGGUAACUGUACACAACAAAGAGGGUGACAAUUGGAGCCUCUAAAUCACAACAUAAAAUUUUGGACUGAAAAUUGAUCAGUUUUUUGAGCAAAACUGAUCAAUUUUGCUCAAAAAACAAACAAUCAAAUUUAGGUGUCAAAAUGAACGCUGGUGCAUUAGAGUCCGUGAAAGCCAGUUUAUGGCAGUUCCUCAGCCACCAGAGCCAACGCCACUGGACACAGAGCUCUGCUGCCGGCCUAAACAGGUGAAGGGACUCUGCUCAAAGAGCUGAUCUGACAAACUGAAUACAAAUAAACUGAGGUGGGUUCUCUGUUCCUCGCGCCAUUCUGCUUCCCCAGAUGGGUUUAGCUGCACUCUUGCUAGCCGAGCUGUAUGAUUAGCGAGCUACAACAACAGGAGAACAUAGCUGAGGAGAGUUCUGUCUUUUUCACAAAGUUCUUGUGACUUAACAUUUUUCCAAAUAACACCCAUGAAGAAUUUGUGUUAACUUUGAGUUCAUGUCUUAAUGCCGAUUAUUUAGAAUUUAUGGAUAAGUAAUAAUAAUAAUGUGGUGGUGAUGAUAUGCUGAGUUUAAAAUAGUUUGGACAAUGAUUUUGAGUUCCUUAUGAUUUGACGAGUUGAAUUUCAAGGUGGUUGUGGUAAGGUUUUGGAAAUUCAUAAUAUCAAUGAGUGUGACUUUGUGCUGAUGUGCUGUGUGUUUCAGGGAGAGCUACAGCAGAGCUCCAACUGUAAACCUCUCUGGUUUCUAACCUGCUUAUCGAGGGCUUGCUGUGCAUGGUGCUACCUGUUUAAAGCCAUCUGUACAGAAAAUACCUUCCUCCCUCUCCUUCUAUACUCUCUUAACACUGACACCUGAAACUCUUAGGUUAACUUCAGUGUGUAAUUCCUAAAUCAGUCAAUCAAGUGUGGCACCAGGCACAGGCCAUAGAUGGAGUUUCCUCCCUGCCAUACUGGGGUUUUCUUCCCUGCCAUAUGUGGAGUUUCCUCCAGACCAUAUAUAGAGUUUCCCAGCAGCCAUGUGUGGGGCACAGAUGUUUAAUUGGAGUUUACUGUGCAUUCACUUUAAGGCAAAACUAACGAUUGUUGUCAUCAUUGAUUACUCAAAUGAUUUUCUCUCUGUAAAACAUCAGAAAAUGGUUAAAAAGACUCAAGGUGACAACAUUAAAACUCCAAAUUAUUCAGUUGACUAUAAUUUGAAACAAAUAAAAGCAGCAAACUUGCACAAUUGAUCACCAGGAUCCAUCAAUUGCAAUUUAGCUUCAAAAUGGCUGCUGAUUUUCCAGUCAGUUACAGCUCUAAUCCCUUUGUGUUUGAGUUAAGAUGCGAUCACAUUGGAAUUUGCCCCCUUUUCAUUUUAGCACAGCAGGGUUUAACAAAAGGUCGCAUUAUGUUUCGACUGAAUGAAAUGUCCCCAAACUAACAACAAACUUCACGAGUGUUGGCAGUGAAGAUGAUGCUAACUGCUGCUAACACCGAACAUUUAUAUUUCAUUGCCUUUCCACACCUGUACAAUAAACAAAAUACAACAUGUAAAUAAGACAUCUGGGAGGGGUUAAGACAAUGCUUUACUUUUCUAACCAUUGUUCUGCUCGCCAUCUCCUUUUUCUUUGGAGUUUCACACAACAUCAGUAAUUUAAUGACUUCCUGACAUGUUGCUCUCUCUCCUCUUCAAUCUAAAGCACAAUCAGUUCUCCAGUGCCUGUUUCCACAGCAAAUCUACUGCUUCUGUUUUUCCCCGCUUAAAUACGUGAAUACGAGCCGAGCCACAAUCCUGAUUUCCAAAAUGAUAUAAGUUCACAGUGAGGCUCUUUUACAGGAAAAAAGUAAUAACCUGCCCAUGGCAGACCACAGAGGUAUAGAAUGUAUAGUCUAUGUACAGCACAUUACAGUAGACUAUAUGGUCUCUAUAAUAUAUAUUAUGGUAGAAUAAUGUAGCUAUAGUGUCUUAUAUAAAGUAUAAUAGACAAAAAAUAUAUACUAAUAUUUUGGUACAUUGUAGUUUAUAGAGUCUUUAUCCAUGUGUGAUAUUCAGCGUGUGUAAACAGCUGCAACUGUUAGCCCAAUGCUAACUUUACACUAACAAUGUAGUGUGUGGGGGGUUUGGGGGGAGGACACACCCAGUUAAGUUUCAGAACAUCAGCACAGAACCUGGAGGAUGUUCUGAGAUGUAGGGGGCACUGUAACACAACCAGGGAGUGUGUCUUCAUAGAUGACUCAUUCCAAGGUUAUUCGCCCCUGUGCUAACCUCGUAGUGAGUUGGCUUCUUCUGUGGUUUGUUAGAAUCUGAUUUCACUUGAAAGUGCUUGAAAAUGCUGCUUAGAUCGUUUUCCAAAAAAAGUGACGCUCCUGAAGUGAACACAUGAAGUGAGCCACGCAACGCUGUCAGUUUGGGUUUGUUAGAAGUUUCUAGUUAAUGACAGCGGACACUGUAGACUGGGACCAGACUCAGCUGGUAGCGUAACACAGAGCCUGCAUUGCUCACGUCAACUCAAAAAAGUGGAUCUUACUCCUCCUCCUACGCUGCAGACUGAUGCCAGUAACAGACACUUCAUACAUCUCGGUUAACGCAUCACGUGGGGCUGGACUGAAACAGAAUGAGGACGUGCUGUGCAGCUGUUUACACUGAGUGACCAUCACACUGAGCAGACAUAUACUGAAUGUGUGUAUAGUAUAUAUUAUACUGGACUGUAGUCUACUGCACAGUCAUCGGCAGAAUGAGGCGUGGGCUGUCGCUUCUCUGCACUGUCAUGAAAUCAGAUCAGUGAUGACGGGGUCAUGUGACCUCUUAACCUCUGACCUCAGGUCCUCUGUGCAUUACUAUACCUGACAUGAAGUCCCUGUCCUACUGAAGGAUUUCUCAGCCAAUCAGAAACGCAGCCAGCAAGCCUACUGCUAAAAUAGGAGAGUAAAGCCAGUAGUGUUCCUCCGCUAGAAGUAGUUCCUUUUAUUCCUUUAUUUCUCCUGUCAGCCAACUUCGUCUAACAUUGCUACAUAUAGGAGGCAAGAUACCUUUGUAAAUACAGUCUAAGACUUUUAAAUACCUCUUAAGACCUUUUUGAGAAACGUGAAUUUAAAGCAUUUUUGGACCUGAAGACCUGUUGAACAACCAACAUCUUGGUAUAACUAGAGCUACGUGUACACAGGAUAAGUGACUCUUACUAAUCACUGGCAGCCAGUUUUGAAAAGUCAGGCUCUUCCCCAGUAAGAGAGAUGUUUGACUGAAAUCAAUCACUGAUCCAUAGAUGGAGACCAAACAGCGUUUCAGUCCAAGCAGAACUAGAACAGAUGAAGGAAAUGGGGUAAAGAGCCAAAUGGCUGCCACUGGAUAUCUGAUGUAAACACAUCUGUAGGCAAACAGUGACAUCUCCAUGGCAAUGCCUCAGUUUCACACUGAUUGGCUGAGAAUCCUGUCUUUCUAACCUGUGUGUGAACCUUCCUGCUCCUGAUCUCCACCUGGUUAUAUUGGUUUAAUGAUUCCCUGCUUCCUCUUUUUACAGUAUGUUUGUAGUUUUUUUCUGGAGUGAGUGGCGUGUGUGUACUUGUAGUUUUUUCUUCCCUUUUCUAAAAACUAAAGAGCACACGAUGACAACUGAUGAGCUCUGCAAGGCAACAGAUUGUAAUCUUUAUAAUAAACUGUCAUUUAUUACAAAUUU